AGAAGGUAUGGCGGAAGCUGUCAGCUCGAGCAGGGACUGCCUUCAAGCAGGUGAAUCCUGUACCAAUGACCCCAUCUGCAGCGCCAAAUUCAGGACCCUCCGGCAAUGCAUCGCAGGCAACGGAGCCAACAAGCUGGGCCCCGACGCCAAGAACCAGUGCCGGAGCACCGUGACAGCCCUGCUCUCCAGCCAGCUGUAUGGCUGCAAGUGCAAGCGAGGCAUGAAAAAGGAGAAGCACUGCUUGAACGUCUACUGGAGCAUCCACCACACGUUGAUGGAAGGCAUGAAUGUACUGGAGAGUUCCCCUUACGAGCCGUUCAUCAGAGGCUUUGAUUACGUCCGGCUGGCAUCCAUCACUGCAGGGUCUGAGAACGAGGUGACCCAGGUGAACCGGUGCCUGGAUGCUGCCAAAGCCUGCAAUGUGGAUGAGAUGUGCCAGCGGCUGCGGACAGAGUAUGUCUCCUUCUGCAUCCGCCGCCUGGCCCGAGCCGACACCUGCAACCGCUCCAAGUGCCACAAGGCUCUACGCAAGUUCUUCGACCGCGUGCCGCCGGAGUACACCCAUGAGCUGCUCUUCUGCCCCUGUGAUGACACGGCCUGCGCCGAGCGCCGGCGGCAGACCAUUGUCCCUGCCUGCUCCUAUGAGUCCAAGGAGAAGCCCAACUGCCUGGCACCUCUGGACUCCUGCCGGGAGAACUACGUCUGCAGGUCACGCUAUGUGGAGUUCCAGUUUAAUUGCCAGCCGUCCCCACGGCCUGCGAGCGGCUGCCGGAGGGACAGCUACGCUGCCUGUCUGCUGGCCUACACAGGGAUCAUCGGCAGUCCCAUCACACCCAACUACAUUGACAACUCAACUUCCAGCAUAGCUCCCUGGUGCACGUGCAACGCCAGCGGCAACCGGCAAGAAGAGUGUGAGAGCUUUCUGCAUCUCUUCACUGACAAUAUCUGUCUCCAAAAUGCCAUUCUGGCCUUUGGCAAUGGGACCUACCUGAACGCAGCUGUGGUCCCAUCCAUCCCCCCCACCACACAGAUGUACAAGCAGGAGCGAAAUGCCAACAGAGCUGUGGCGACCCUCAGAGAGAACAUCUUCGAGCACCUCCAGCCCACAAAGGUGGCCGGAGAGGAAAGGCUUCUGCGGGGCUCCACUCGUCUGUCAUCAGGGACCUCCAGCCCAGCAGCUCGCUCCCACCGGGCAGCCUCUCCGCUGCAGAUGUGGCUUCUCCCUGCUGUUGCUGUGCUGAGCCUCUUCGUGAUGUGA